AUGGAUCCUCUUCGUAAGGAGCGCAUCGGAAAGUCACAAGCGGAAAGCAAUUUCCCACUUCCAAUGCUCGUUUCGUUCGACUUAUGGGGUACCUUAUAUACCCCCAAGAAACCUGUUCCAGAACAGUAUUAUGACAUUUCGCACAAUGAAUUUGGGAUUAAGAAGCUGGCAGAAAGUAUAGCUGCCGAAUUCCCGACCGUUUUCUCUGAGAUGAGCAAGGAAUUCCCUAAUUAUGGCAAAUACACUGAGAACAUCAAAUCGUCCGACGACUGGUGGCACAUAUUGGUGGCUCGCUUGUAUCAGCUUCCUUUGGAAGAUGUGCAAACUGUCAAAUUGUAUGAGAGAUUGAUGUCUCACUUUGAAAGCGCCGAAGCCUACGAAUUAUACUCCGAUGUAAAGCCGGUUUUGGAAGCAUUGACCGAGAACAAGGUCCCUUUUGUAGCAGCAACAAACUCCGAUGAUCGUGCGCGUAAUAUCUUAGACAGUUUAGGCAUUGGUCACUACUUCUCGGACAACGACAUCAAUCUUUCCUACGAUGUUGGAUACGCCAAACCAGACAGACGCUUCUACAGCAGUUACUUUUCUCAGCAUUUCGCCGCCGCCAACGCGGCUGAUCCUUCGCUCACAAUGACUCAAUUUUUGGAGCGCACAUGGCAUGUUGGUGAUGACUACGAUAAGGAUUUCGUAGGGGCUGUUCGUGCGGGAUGUAACGGAGUAUAUUUGGACAGGCUGCAGAGCAGCGUGUUUUUCCAAAAUGCUCAAAACUGCAAAGCUGUUUCAAAUGAUUGCUUUGAGGGCCACACUGGAAAUACCGCUGAGGGUGACGACUUGGUGAUGUUGGCUAACAACAGGGUCUGCGUCAGUGGCCUUCAGCCGCUUCUUCGUCUCUUUGAUCUUUAA